AUGGAUCAGAGUAAAGAUACACCGGCAGUUAAAACUCCAAUGGUUUACAUUUGUGGAGAAUGCCGGCAUGAAAAUGAAAUUAGACCCAGAGAUCCUAUUCGUUGUCGUGAGUGUGGAUAUAGAAUAAUGUACAAAAAAAGAACAAAAAGAGUUGUUGUGUUUGAUGCUAGAUAA